AUGGCAGCGGCACGCCAUUUGUUGCUUCAGCCGCUGCGGCUUGGCGCGCACGCCGCCAGGUCCACCCGAAACUCCACUAUCUGGUUUCCGGAUGCCAAAUUUAUGAGGGAGUACAAAGUAAGUUAAUUUCCUUUCUUGUUUUAUGUGUUUAGACAGGCCGUGCUGAGUAUCGUUUAUUUUUGAUGCGACCAUCUCUGAAUUUUUCAGAAACUUGGAGAAGCCGGUCUGGUCAACUUCCCCUAUGAGGAUAGUCAAAUGGAAAGGGACCUGGGCGCCAAGAAGUUGUUGGAGGAGUAUCAAAAGCUGCCAAUGAUGGCGGACAACCUCGUUGGACCUCAUCGAGAGAAACAGUUCGAAAAUAUGAUCCUCAACUUUGGUCCACAGCAUCCUGCCGCUCACGGUGUGCUUCGAUUGGUCUUGAAGUUGGAAGGAGAGGUAUGGAGUUUUCUUUCGUUUUGUUUCUGGAUUUUAGGUGAUGGUGAAGGUAAAUGUCGAUGGAUUAGGCGGUUUUUGUCCGGAUAGCGUGGCAGAACUUUUUCGAGAGCUGUGUACGAGGGUUUUCGUCCCUCGUAAACAGUUUUUAGAGAUUUUCUAGCUGUAAUCUUUUUGUGGCAGCUUUUUUAUGUUAUACAUGCGACUUUUGAGAAUGUUACUGGAAAUGUAUACAUUGAACUCGAAUUCAGCUAAUUUACAGAUUCUUAAAGGUUGCAUUAGCUUUAGAGAGGGUUUAUAUUGAUACUCAAUAUUUGUUUUCUUCAAAAUUCUCUAAAGGCAACCGAAUAUUCACGUUUCUUCUUCUCCAUAACCUCAUGAUCUUAAUUUCAGGCAGUGAUCAAAGCUAUUCCCCACAUUGGUCUUCUUCAUCGAGCUACUGAGAAGCUAAUCGAACACAAGACCUAUACUCAAGCUCUCCCUUACUUUGAUCGGUUGGAUUAUGUCUCCAUGAUGAACAAUGAGCAAACCUUUGCCUUGGCCAUUGAGAAGUUACUGGGAAUUGAUAUUCCACCAAGAGCCAAGUGGAUUCGAAGUGAGUUUUGUUUUAUUUUUUGUGUUUGUACUUUUAGGAUGAACGAAGAGGAAAUAAUUGGCCAACUGACGAAAAGUUUAUAUUGUACUAGACAAAAAAUCAAUCUUUCGGGAUUUGGCUCUUAUUUUUGAAAAUUUUCAGCCCUAUUUGCCGAGUUGACCCGUAUCCAGAACCAUAUUAUGGGUUUGACCACACACGCUUUGGAUAUCGGAGCUAUGACUCCAUUCUUCUGGCUUUUCGAGGAACGCGAGAAACUUUUCGAAUUCUCCGAGCGAGUGUGCGGCGCUCGAAUGCACGCGAAUUAUGUUCGACCUGGAGGUGUGGCAUGGGAUCUGCCUCUGGGACUGCUAGACGAUAUCUACGAUUGGGCCGUCAAAUUUCCCCAAAGAAUUGAUGAACUUGAAGAUGUUUUGACUGAAAAUCGUAUCUGGAAGAAGAGAACCAUCGAUAUUGGAAUCGUCAAUGCCGCUGAUGCAGUGAACUGGGGAUUCUCCGGGGUUAUGUUGAGAGGAUCGGGGAUUAAAUGGGAUUUGAGGAAGACCCAGCCUUAUGAUGCCUAUGAUCAAGUGGAAUUUGAUGUCCCAAUCGGAACCAAAGGAGAUUGUUAUGAUAGGUAUGGUUUUAAAACGUUGAUCUGGGUCUGUUACUGUCUGUGGUAAAAUAUGGCAGCUGUUGAACAUUUCUCAUUUGAGUAAUAAUUAAAAAUUUAUAUUAUACUUGACCAUCAGAUGAUUUUUUUGCAAAAACUGUAUUUUUUAUGCUGUAUUAUAUAGAAACUGUUGUUAAAAUGAGAUUGCGGUUGUUUGUCAACUAAAUUUUGUUAUUUCAGAUACCUGUGUCGUGUAGAAGAGAUGCGCCAGUCCUUGAAUAUUAUCCUUCAAUGCCUGAACAAAAUGCCCGAGGGUGAAGUGAAAGUUGAUGAUAAGAAGGUGGUACCUCCAAACCGGGCGGAAAUGAAAGUAAGUAUUGUUUUUCUUUGUUUGUUUGAAGUUUAGAGGCGAUUUGGAUAUUACACUUGGCAUCUUUGGCUAAACAAGAGUUUUGGAUGUUUUUUUGAUGUCAAGUCCAAAAUGAAGCCUGAUUUUGAUCAAACAAUGUGAUGUAAACUUUGUCUAAUUCCAGGACAGCAUGGAGAGCUUAAUCCAUCACUUCAAAUUCUUCACCGAAGGCUUCCAAGUCCCUCCAGGCGCCACCUACACCGCCACCGAAUGUCCGAAGGGUGAGUUUGGAGUCUACCUGGUCGCCGACGGCACCUCGAAGCCGUACCGAUGCUAUAUCCGCGCUCCCGGCUUCGCUCAUCUCGCCAAAAUCCACGACAUUACCUACAUGAGUCUGGUGGCGGAUGUGGUUGCUGUGAUCGGAACCAUGGAUGUAGUGUUCGGAGAGGUGGAUCGUUAA